AUGCUUCUAGACCAGUUGGAGGAGCGAUGCCGCCUCGCGGCGCAAACGCGACAGCGGUACUACCGAAGCUCGAGCUGCACCCGCGGCGCGCCGCCGAGCCAGCAGAUCCAGCCGUAUCACUUCCCCCCAAGCUGGUCGGAACCGUGGCUCGUCGGCAGCUUCGGGCCGAGGCUGGAGGCUCGGUUCGAGAUCGGGGAGGAGCUGGGGCGCGGGCAUUUCGGCGUGGUGCGCGCGUGCCGGGAACGGGGCAGCGGGGCGACGUUCGCUUGCAAGACAAUCAGCAAGGAGCUGCUUCAGGGCUCGCGGGAGAUGGAGGAGCUGCGCGCCGAGGCACUGACGCCGCUGCUGCUGCAGCAGAUGGCGGAAGAGGAGGAAGAGGAGAGAGCAAGAGAAGGGGACGAGGAGGAAGCAGUAAACCCAGUCAACCCAGUCAACAGCACAGAGAGGUCCCCCUGGGAGGGCCUGGUGCGUCUACAUUCAGUGUACGAGGACAACUGGGGGGUGCACCUGGUCAUGGACCACUGCAGCGGAGGAGACCUGUUUGACCUCGUUGACCGGUACGCUGAGUCAGCGGGCAUGCCCGAACAGCUGGCGGCCGCUGUCGUGGGCCAGCUGGCUGCCACGCUGGCGUGGAUGCACUCCGUGGGGGUGGUGCAUCGGGACUUAAAGCCCGAGAACAUCCUGCUGGCUCGGCCUUUCUCAGGGGACGCGGGCAGCUUUCCGAACCUCCACCUCUGCAUUGCCGACUUUGGCCUGGCAAGGCGAUUGGCCCCUGGGGAGCACCUGACAGGCUUGGUAGGGAGCCCUUUUUACUUGGCCCCUGAGGUCGUGAAAGGUCACCUGUAUGACCACCAGGUGGAUGUGUGGAGCCUCGGGAUUAUCCUCUACACCUGCCUUUCCGGGAAGCUUCCCUUCCAUGGCCCGAACCACAACGCCGUGUUUGCUGCUGCGUGCCGAGCGGCGCCGGAUCUGGUCUCGCCGGAGCUGUGGGGCGGGGUUUCUGCCGAGGCUAAGGAUCUGGUUCGGAGGAUGCUGGAGAAGGAACCUGGGAGGAGGAUCAGGUCUGGUGAGAUUCUUUCGCAUCCUUGGUUUGACACGAAGCGCAACGAGUCUCGUUCCUGCCGUGGACUGGCGUUGACUGCCAUGGACUGCCGUGGAAUGGCGUUGACUACAGCAGCACUGGUGCGAGUGGCUGUAGCACAGCAGGGAGCGUGA